AUGGAAGACGAUCCUGGGAUGUCGACGGCAGUAGCAGCCAUUCACACGUUGCUAGAGUUCAUGAACCAAAACUCAGGUUUGAAUAACGCAACAUUAGCUUGAUAAUUCCACUUCGUGUCGUUUUUCUUUAAUUGUUUUUGUUUAAGGAUCAGUUUGAAUCUAAACAUAAGGCGUGACUGUCCCCACGAGGUUCCGUAAUCAAAACAAACUUCUCAAUGCAACAAAAAAAGCAACAGUCCUCCCACCCUCCCUUCCCCCAUGUACCGGUUGUUCAAACGUUGGAUACAGGGUUAUCCACUGAAGAAAUCACUAUCCAACAGAUACGUGUUUAGGAAACCAACUAGGUUAUCUCCUGGAUAGAGAUGUACAAAGAAAUUUACAUUAAAAUCCUGCUACUGAGAACCUGGCCCCAGUUGUCCAAAUGUUGGAUAGCGCUACUAUCCAGUGGCUUAGUAUAAGGGAAACCGAUUGCACUGUGCACUGGAUAGAGAUUUAUCCAGUAGAUAGUGCUAUCUACCUUUUGAACAACUGGGGCCUGGAUUUUAAUAUUUAAUAUUUGCAUAAAUAAGCUUGCAUGAAAAUUUAAUCACAGAAGUAAAUACUAGAAAUACAUUAUUUUCUCAAAUUGAACUCACAUAUCUGGAAUGGGGGUCCUAUCAUUUUCUUUCUUUCUUUCCUUUCUUUUUUCUUCUUUGUGUCAUUGUCCUGUUUUAUCCAGACUUAAUAAAGGGUAUGGCAAAGAAUGUUAUAAUUAUUAUUAUCUACAUUCAAGUAUGAACUUGAUUGUACAUAAGUUGGUGGGCAUUAGGAUGUUGGUCAGAAGUUUUCAAGCAAGCGAGUGAUACUGUAAAAUAAAACUGAUAUUGUGGUUGCUUGGUAUUAAGCUCAUAAAAGAAAAUGCCGCUGUUCCAUAGGUUUACUGCAAAAAUAUGCACCAGCAUUGCUGUUAUUUUUUGUUUGUUUAUUUAAUAUUUAUCUAUUCUUUUGUUCAGCUGAGACCCUUUCAGAGCUAAGAGAAAAUCUGAAGGCAGUGAUUGAAGCCUUGUCGAAAGCAGAAGGCUCUGUUACAUCCAUUUCUUCAGGCUGUGAAUUAUUCCUCAGAUUCAUAACUCUUGCCUCACUGGACAACCCAGUAUGUGACACACUACUGUAUAAAGCUGUAUAUGCAAAUAAUAACAUGUUAGUUCACUUGAUCCUAGUAGGGGUAUAGCCAAGAUUUUUCUAAAGGUACAAGCCUUCCUGGUCUCCCAAUGGUUUUCGUGUGUAUAUGUAGCUAUCUAGACUAAAUUUGCAUAAUUUUUUUCUCAUUGAUGAAGUAAGGACAUCACUGCUCUUGGUCGUGGACUAGGCUCUGGAGUAAAAAUAUAGAUAAAAAUAAAGUGCUGAUAAAAGCUGACAAAUACUAACACAUAACAAACAGUAUACUCAGAGAAAUUGAAAAUGAAACAACACAAUCACUGUACAAGAAUUGUUGUAUGGGGCAAAUGGCUGACAAAUAAUUAAUUAGAGCCUGCUUUAAACCCUGAACACUGGUUACUCCUGAUAGCUGAAGGAAGAGCGUUCAGCAGAAGAGACUUUAAGAUGCAACAAUGUGACGGCAACGAGAAUGUCACUUAAAAAGUGAAUUUGUGUUCCUUCAGUCUUAAUUGCAAUUAUACCUACCCACUCACUUUGUCAAAUGUAGGCAAACCCUCCUGAAGCUUAAUUUCAAGGGACUAUAGCCAAGCUCAGAAAGAGAAACAAAAUUUCGUUACUUGUUUACGUUCUCCAUAAAACGCAAAAUUAGGCAUUUUCGCGUCGCAGUCGUGCAAAAACAGGAAAGAAAUGUACAACAAAGGCACGUGCAAAGCUGUUGUUUUGCUUAUUAAACCAAUUUUUUUUUUUGACGUUCUUAUUGCCGUCCAUGUCAUUGGAUCUUAAAGUCCCAAGUAAAGGGCCAACAACAGUGAAUGCUUUGUCUCUAAGAGUCUUGCAUGUAGCUACAUGUAUGCCCCUGCCUAGUACAGCUCUUUAUGAAUUUUUUAUCCAAACUCCCACCAUUUAAACUGUCAUACAGGUAACUUUAUUUUCCAUUGCUUGUCACUAACAUUACUUAACUCUGGUAGUCCAGUUAAUAUGAGAGGGUGUUAACACUGUACAACUAAAGGAAACAAGUUUAUACACAAAAAAUGCCCAAGUGGAAUGAUUAUUGCUGAAGGCAUUGUGCACUGAUAAAAAUCAAUUCAUUGCAAAUGAAAUACUAGACCAUUAUAACACUCUAAUUUUACUUUUUUGCACCACUCAUUAAUUAACCCUGUAACUGCAUUAGAGAUUAUGAUCAAAUUACUCCUUGGAUACAAUACAAUGGAUGAUCACCCACGAUUAAUCCUCGUGAAAUUUAUUUUGACAAUUCUCUCUACUACUUCUAUCAGAACGUACAGUGUAUAAGACGAGAAAAGAGAAUUUGCAUUUAAUAUUUGGGUUUAAAGGUGAAAUAGAUCAGAUCAUCAUCAUCAUCAAUGAAGUUGAAACAAAAAAAAAUAAAAAUAAAAUUAUCUGAGAUAAAAAAUUACAUACAAUAUAUACAUGUCCAUGUACAGAGUGUAACUUCAUGUCAUUUGUUUUAGAUAGCCAGUUUGAUUGUCAGUUUUAAACCAAUCUUCCUUUACAUAACUUUUCCCUAAGCACAGUACAUGUAUUUUUAUAACUGUUGAAAUAAGUGAUGAUGUUCUCUUUAUAGGACUUUCAAGAAUGCAAGAGAGUUCUACUUGAAAGAGGUAAUGCUGGAGAGAGACCAGAUUAAUUUUACAGAAUAGGUGCAUGGAUUGUUCACUCUCUUAGCUCACAUUGCACACACUAAUGAAGUAACACAGAAACAAACUUUUAGAUGCUAUAGUUAAAUUAAGAAAACCGGUACCAACAACAUAUGUCUUGCAAGCCAAUUUCAAAUUUUAAGAAGGGUUUGUUUUGGACGUUUGGCAGCUGUUCAACUGUAUUGUAAUAUUUACAUUGUACUUUGUAAUUGACAGGCCAGUUGUAUCUAAAGAGAGCAGCUUCAGCAAGAAAGAAAAUUGCCAAACUUUGUGAUUCUUUUAUUAAGGAUGGAGCAGUAAGAUUUUGUUUGAAUACUUGUACAAUGUACUUAAAACUUCUUCUAAGAGUUCUUGCCUUUAAUAAUGAAACUUCUAGUUAACUUAUUCUGCAUAGAUGCACUGUUGCUAUUGGGGAGUAGAUGAGACCAGGCUCUUUAGUGGGAUAAAAUUGUGAAUAAUUGACUGGGCAAGUGCCCAGAAGUAGGCAAAGUGAGCAAGGAAUUAAGGAAAGGGAUCUCCCUCGCUGUGCUUGCUUUGCUGGCCAAUUUUUUUUGUACUCCCACUAAAAGGAGCCUGGUCCCAGGUUCAUGGUUGAGUCACUAACUUUUCAUUUUUUUUCUGAGCUGAGAUUGUUGUUGAUUCUAGCCUUUAGAUCUAAUUAUAUUGCUUUCUCUCUUCAAAUCCAAUUCCCAAUAAUAUUAUUUUGAUCAGGGGCAUCUUGAGGAUGAAAAGUUUUUCCGUCAAAAGUAUGUACAUAUGUUACUUGUGAAAAUCCUUCUUUUAUUAUCAUAGUUAUUAUCAUCAUUAUUUUUAUCAUUAUUUUAAGUUAUUAAAAAUAAAUAAUAUUUAAUUUUAAGUUCUGAGCAUUCUUCCCAUUCUUGUAUGUAGUGUCUUGGUGAGAGUAACUUUGUUCUUUGUUUUUAGACAAUUCUGACCCACUCUCGAUCACGAGUUGUAGUGGAAAUUCUUAAAAUGGCCACUGAGCAAAAGAAGCGAUUGAAUGUUUAUAUCACAGAGUCUUCUCCUGACAAAUCAGGGUGAGAUAAUCAUUAAAUUUCUUGGAGAUUGAGGAUUGGGUUUUUUUGGAUUUUACAUGUAAAUAUUUUUGGAUGUUAUACAGUGUAGGCUGGUUUUUGUUUUCAGGUUGAGAAAGAAUUAAUGGUAGAAAAUUGGAUUGUUCAGUGUUUAAUUCUGGUUCAAGGGAUUUUGGGAAGUCUUUCUUCUAGUCAAGGGAUUUUUUUUCAGUUUUGACUUUUGUUCUUAUUUAAUCAUUCCAGUUAGUUUGAAGGGGCUUUCUCCUCGGAAUCACACCUUCUCAUAGAGUGAAAAAAGGAAAAUGUUAUUUGUUUAUUAAUGUAGUUUUUGGAAGUUCAUCUCUGUAAUAGCAAGGUUUAUCAUUGACAUUGUGUUUUCAGUUAUAAGAUGCAGGAUCAGUUAAAGGAGUUUAACAUUCCCUCUACAAUCAUAUUGGACACAGCAGUUGGGUGAGAAACAAUAAUAUUGACAUGCUCUGCUCAGCUAAAUAACCUGUAAAUAAUGACUUUAAAAACGUGCAGCAUUUGAAGGACACCCUGCAAUAAGACAGUACAUCCAUGGUAUUUCGAAUUUACUUCAUUGUUGACAUUUAUUUUCUCAUUUUUAUUUAUUUACUUGUUGGAUUGUUCAUUUUUUUUUAGAUACAUUUACAGUGAAACCCUCUUAAUAAGGACGCUGAGGGGGCCUUAGAUAGUGUCCGUAAUAACGGGGUGUCUGUAUUAACCCUGUAAGUCCCAAUAGUGCCCACAUCAAUUUUCUCCUAACAAUAUCUAUACACUGUCAUGAGAUGAGGUUAUGAGAAUUAAUAAAAUGACCACCUAAGAGAAAAUACUUUGAUCUUUUAUCAAAUUCUCUUAACUAAUUAUUCUUAAAGGAGAUGUAUAGAGAUCAGUUUGGAGAAUUUGUAUGUGGAUAUUGGGGCUUAAAGGGUUAAGCAGGUUAAUUUAGAGAAAACAUAAGGGCUUUCUUUCCUCAGGGACAAAGCAAACUGUCCAUAAUGAUGAGGAACACUAUUCACUGAUUCCUUGAGUAGAGUUUUUUUUUUGAACAAGUGGGGCCAGAUUUAAACUCAAAGAAAAUAUAUGUGCAUUUAGGUUUUUCUCCGGUGUAGACAGUGUUAGCCCACCACCAGCCUAGCAUACAUCAUGAAUGAAUUUUUUCCGCAAGUUUGAAGAAAUUCUUCUCAAAAUCUCUAAUUUCGUUUCAAAGAAAAUGAUCCUUGCAAAUCUAUCAUUCCUUGUCAUUAAAGGAAUGUCAUGUUAACAUGAGAAAACUGCUGACAUUUCGCCAUGUCACCACUGGACCUCUCCAAAUGACGUCUGAGGAACGACUGCAGAAAUUCCAUACUGUUGAUAUCACUACCCAUAUCUGGGUAGUGCCUCUGAUUGAUUGAGACAGAUCUCCCUUUUGGCAUAAAUAACAAGAAUUACCCAGAUCUGAGUAGUGAACAUCAACAGUAUGAAAUUUCUUCAGUUGUUCCUCAGACUUCAUUUCACCAGUGGUGGCAUCACAAAAGGUCGGCUGUUAUCUCAGGCUACAUUAAAAUAAACAAUGCACAAACCUGGUCCUAGCUCUUCAAGAGCUGGACAGGGCAAUCUAUUCGAUAAAUCACUAUCCAGUGGAUAAGUAUUAGGGAAACCAAUUGCACUAUCCACUGUAUUGAGAUUUAUCUGGUUGUUAGCGUUAUCCACCUUUUGAACAACUGGGACCUGGCCCCAGUUGUUCCAAAGCUGGACAGGGCUAUCCAGCGGAUAAAUCACUAGCCAGAAAAUAAGUAUUAGGGAAACCAUUUGCACUAACCGUUGGGUAAAUAUUUGUCCCGUGGAUAACAUUAUCCACUGUUUGGACAACUGUAACCUGUUCACAGACCCUUUAUUUUCUCUUUACGGAUCGUUGAGCGCGCGUAUGAAAAUAAAAACCGCUGGGGAUUUAUUGCCAGUUUGCGCUUGGGGAUUGGGGAGGGGAAAAGAGGAAAUAGUUCUAUUUUUUUCUUUCUCGCGCUCCGCCCUCGUUGUCGCUCUCGCUGCACUCGCGUGCGCGUCGAUUUUCAAAAAUAAAUAGAAAGCAACGUCUGUGUACCGGCUAGAACAACUGCAGCGUAUUGUGUAUUUAUGAAUAUUGAUUUAAAUUUCAGUUACAUGAUGGAGAAGGUUGAUUUGGUGCUGGUUGGUGCGGAGGGAGUGGUAGAGAGUGGUGGGAUCAUUAACAAAGUGAGUCAGGUUUGACCCCGAAUAUCUUUAGUGUGUCGAGUGUGAUCAUUACUGUAAAGUCAAAUUCUGUAUUAAUUUGAGGAUAUCCGUAUUAAGAGACCAACCUCUAUCAUGUACAUGUACCAUGCCUUGCAGCUGGCCCACAUAAUUAAUCGCGUAAAGCACUGGUAUCUACAUCUACCUUAGUGCCACAGUAAGACCAGAGUAGGAUGCGUUGUGACGAACGCGAGUACCUUAUUACCCAAAAUGCUAAAGAAAUAAAACAGGAAAUUAGUAUCAUCAAAUUAAAUAUCUUUUUCCUUCAAUAAGCCUUCAUUUCGCUGAUUAUGUCACCUCAUACAUAGCUUAAUGUUUGCAUUAGUCGUUUGAUGCUAAAAUAGUCUGAAAUUGACGUCUACAAUUUAUCCAAUCCGUUGAAAUAUAGCCCGGACGUGCUGUCACCUGAAGGAUUUUUUUUUUACCUUCAAAAGGGCUCAAGCAAAUUACAGCACGCAUCUGACAAUGAAGUGUCCGCUUUAGCGAGGUAGACUUUCUAUGAUAAUCUGUUGAUUGGGCAGGAAACAAGUGUCCGUUGCCCGUAAUAACGUUUGUCGGUAUUAAGCGGGUUGAAUCUAGAGAAAAUGUAAGGACUUUCUCCAGGGACAAGAAAAGCUGAACAUCGUGAACUUUAAGGGAGGAUUUUGUGAUAGAGGGGGCCUAGAGAUAUAGUAUACAGUGGCAAUAUGGGCGCGAUAGCGCCCAUCAGGACUGCAAACGGCGCACAGCUAUUUAAGGCUAACAGGUAGUGCCAAUCUCGACAGUGUCCUUAAAGAGAUUUGAUUGUAAUUCCAAAUAUCCCCCAUACUUGGAGUGAAAGUUCAACAAUUCCGGGUUAAUCGCUAAAGCGCUGCAUGUAAAGACGAUAACCAGCCAUGGGGUUAAACGUACCUUAAUUAAGCGGCAUUUAAACAUUAUUUUGAACAUUUGCUUGCUGAGUGGGGUAUUUGUUGUGUUUUUCCUUAGAUUGGAACUUACCAGAUGGCUGUUAUGGCCAAGGUUGUAAAUAAACCUUUUUAUGUGGUGGCGGAAAGUUUUAAGUUUGUUCGCCUCUACCCACUAAACCAAGAAGAUGUGCCAAAUAGAUUCAAGGUGAGCUAG